GCGCGAUCUUUGCUUAUUUCCCCAGAUCCAUGAUUUCUGUGUCCAAUUUUCUUGUUUGAGGAAAGAUCCGCCAACGGUGGCCGCCUGGGGGGCUUUGCUUGAGGCCUGGGCAACUUCGACUGCCGAAUACGUCCGGCGCGCCAUUCGCGCAACGAUGUGUUAGCAUCUUCGGUGUCCAGAGCUGAACUCAUCUUGAUGACUUUGUUUGAAGGACUUCGUCUGCUCCUAUCCUGUCGAGAUCGUGCUUUGCGAGCAGCAACUCUGAGGAACUGUGGCUGCUCGUUUCGAGGGCGAAAAGCAACAUCGGGAGCAUCCAAUAUACCAAGCCUUGGAGGGGUGCGUGAGGGAUGUUUCUUUCUUUCCCGCCUGUAGAUGGGAUCGGUAAGCCUCGCUUGUUUUUGAAGGCGAGGCCGUUUAGAAUGACUGUCGGAACGAGUAAAAUGGCUCUCAGACCUUUGUCGUUUUUGGCCACCCUUUUGGGAUCGACGAGCUGAAGUUUCACGCGUUGCUGAUGGAAACAAGUCAUCGAUGCGAUUGUCUUCUGGAAUGUCCUCGCCCAUAUCCUCCGCUAGGAAUGUGUCAUCAAAUCCGACCAAGUUGGCCAGUAUCUGCCGCGCAUUGCUUUGGCCAACAUUGCCGUCAUCUUCCUCCGCAUCACUACCAUCAGAAUCAGCUAAAUGCCUUAAUGAUGCCAAAUGCUCGACUGGAUUUGACGAAGUUGAGGGGUCGGUUCUCUUGAUGAUCUUUUUAGCGACACCCUUGGUGUUUUCUGUUCUGGAAUUCUUGUCGCGAUGGCGCUGUGUAGAACUUAGUUGUGCAUCCUUUUGUCUUUGUUGGUCUAACCGCAGCCAUGAAGCCGGAAGUACACCUUUGAUCCUACGUUGAAGUUCACGAACGUCCUCUUCAGGCUCCUGCUCUUCUUCUUCAUCCUCUCCAUCAUUUUCCGAGGCGGAAUGAGAAUGUUGAGAGGCAGCGGACCGGGCAUCAGCAAGCUCUCGAUCAACGCCAGAGCAGGGCCUGUUGACUGUGGUGGUGGCAUCCCGCCCUCCCCGCCUCGGGGCUGUACCAGGCGUGUUUAACGUUGGCGGUGUCAACCCACGAGGGAACCGAAACUCAGUGGGAUUCCAUAGGGCCUGCGGGGAAGAAUUAAUUCCAGAGCGUGGCGGACUGGGCGGUAUGUCCCAAGCCAAGCUAUUGCUUAAAUUUAUAGAUGUGCGGUUGUUUAUUACCACUUUAGGCCGAGGCUGAUGCCGUGAUGAGUUCCCAUGAUCGUCUGGCCUUGAUACUUUACGCCUCUUAGGACCUCUGAUUUCGUUCUCAGAUAGGUCCUGAUAGGACGAUUGCGGCUGACCUUCAUGAAGGUCUUGAGUUGCCGUUGCCGCAGAGGUAGGAUUUUUUUCCGCUGGAGACGACGGGGCAAACUCGAAGUCCGCGGCAGGGCUGCUCGAAGGUGGUAGGGUGCUAUCAAAACUUUGACUUUGACCUUCGGCCGCCUUCUGCAUUGCUUGCUGGUAUUGAGCGAUGCGAACUGGUUUAAUCCCUCUGGCCUUCAUAAGCUUUUGGUAUUUCGCAUCUUCCAAAAGAUACGGGUGUAACUGGAUGGGGUUGCG